AAUUAGAAAUUUAGAAAUGCUCAGUAACAUCGGUGCUGUUUAGAAAUCCAUAUAUUUUAUAACUAUUUUAGAUUUAGAUAAUUGUUUAUUAUUAUUGAAUUAAAAAUUAAUUUUUAUAAUCUCAAAGUAAAUAAAUCAGUAAACAUUUGGACUAUUUGACCAUGUGUAUUAUCAUAUUAUCCACUGUAUUAUGCUAUUAGAGUUUUAAAACAUUUAGUUUAUUUUUCAUAGUUGCAUAUUCUACUUUACAUGUCAUUUGAAAAUCGCAAGCCAUAAAAUGAUUUUACAGACCUUAUGCACUCGUCAAACAAAUCUAAGAAAAUUCAUCGACUGUCGACAUUUGAGCUAUUAUAUGAAAAGGCCAAAUCCAUGUUCAUCUCUUCAAUCACUUCAUAAUAAAAAUAACAAUUUUUAUAUAUGUUCAUUGAAUAGAAGUGUUACAUCUGUUUCUUCAAUUACGUUCCCUUCGUGGUUUAUGGCAUUGUCAAACAGUACACCAGUAGCUUAUGCCCAACAAUUUAUAAUUUCAUUUCAUGAAUUUACCGGUACACCUUGGUGGGCUACAAUAAUGCUUAGUGCUGUAACUCUGAGAUUGGUGAUAACUCUACCACUGACAGUGUACCAACAUUAUAAUAAUUCAAAAUUGGAAAAUCUUUCUAUUGAAUUCCAAUCUACAGUAAAAGAAAUACAAAAAGAAGUAGUUAAGUCAUUAAAAUUGAACAAAUGGCCAGAAAAUAAAGCUAAACGUGUUUAUAACAAAGCUGUAAAACAGUAUUGGAAUGAAUUGAUAGUAAAAGAAAACUGCCAUCCUGCAAAAUCAACAAUUGUAGUUUGGGUACAAUUACCAUUAUGGAUUUGUAUGUCAAUAGCUACUCGUAAUCUCACAUUAAUGUUACCGCCAAGUGAUGAUGCUGUUACUAGGUUUUAUCAACUAGCUGAAGGUGGAAUUUUGUGGUUUACAAACUUAACUGCCAUAGACCCAACUAUGUGCUUACCUCUAAUUAUGUGUAUAUCAAAUCUUAUGAUUAUUGAGGUUCAAACACAAUCUCGAAACAAAGAACCAACACGUAAUCAAAAAAUCAUAACAAAUGUCUUUCGAGGUCUCACUAUUAUCAUGAUGCCACUUUCAUGUUUCCUGCCAUCAGGUGUUAGCUUAUAUUGGACUGCAUCUAGUAUUUAUGGUCUUUCCCAAAAUUUAUUCUUAUUGUCUCCACAAGUACGUAAAUGUUUUGGAAUACCAAAAACACCUUAUAAUAAUGAACAUCCAUACAAAUACAUAUUACAUAAAACUAAAUCUAAGUUAAAAAUAUCUUGAUUGCUGUUGUUAUAAUUAUUUUCUGGAAAUAAAGUUAUUAUUUAUUAGUAAAUAA